UGCCCGAGUGAUUUAAGCUGCUGGGGCUCAUUGCUGAGUCACCCUGGGCUGUGGAGUGUCCUGCUUGGAGGGGCUGGUCUCUGCAGCAUGAAGCAACAGGGACUGGUGGUUACCCAGCUGGAUGUCCAGCCUGGAGAGUGCAUCAAGGUCAAAGGGAAGAUUCUAUCAGAUGCUAAAGGGUUUGCUGUGAACAUAGGCAAGGACAGCAGCACCCUCCUGCUGCAUUUCAACCCCCGCUUUGACUGCAAGGGAGAUGUCAACACUGUCGUGUGCAAUUCCAAGGAAGAUGGUGCCUGGGGUGAGGAGGACAGGAAGACUGAAUUCCCCUUCCAGCACGGUGACAAGAUUGAGAUGUGCAUCUCCUUCGACGCGGGGGAGGCUACAGUGAAGCUGGCUGAGAUGGAGUUUCAGUUCCCCAAUCGCCUGGGCAUGGAGAAAAUUGAAUACCUGGCGGUGGAGGGUGACUUCCAAGUCAAAGCUAUCAAGUUUAGUUAACUGCUGUGGCUUACUUUGUUUUCUUCUUGUCACCUCCCACAAUGAAAUAAACCCAAACUGGCCAUGGCUGCUUGCUCUGCU